CACCAGCCCGGGGAGUACAUCCAUCGCUUCAGCUCCCUGGCGUCUGAGCGCGCGCUGCUGCAGAACCCGCAGGCGUACGACCUCGGCCUGGACCCGGAGAAUUUCGAGGACGAAGACGCCAUGCAGGAGCUGAUCCGAGACAUGGAGACCAACUUCCACCUGGUCAUGAUCGCCGAGUUCAUGGACGAGUCCCUGGUGCUCCUGAAGCGGCAGAUGUGCUGGACUCUGGACGACAUCGUCUACUUCGAGCCCGGCUUCCAGGCCAAGUCCGACGUCCCCGACCAUCCUACCACCGACACUCUCCACGCACAGCUGCGCAGGUGGAACAACGUGGACGUCAUCCUGUACCAGCACUUCAGCAAGGUCCUGUGGAAGAAAAUCCACGCCUUGGGUCCCGCGUUCCGCGAGGAGGUGGAGGAGUUCCGCAGGAAGAACGCCGUGGUGCGCGGCUACUGUCUCCACCGGGAGAGGGACGCCAGGCGCCGGCGGCAUCGCGAGGGUGGCCCCGACGACGGUUACACGCCGCCCGUAGAUAGCCAGCUGUGUGAGAAGAUCGACACUCCUGUGUCCGAGUACAGUAAUCUACUCAGAAGUAGACCCGACCACUACCUGAGAAAUGAGCUGUAGUAGAAAAGCAGACAUGCCGUUUUGGAAUAUUAGUUUAGUGCUGCUUGAAAAUUAAUAUUAGUGCGGACA